AUGUCUUCCAACAAUAACGACGACGGUCUCGACGGGGACGACAACGGCUAUGACAACAACCACAGCAACGGCGGAAUGGAUGUUGUUCCCACAGAGGAUGAAACCCCCAAAGAAGACUCGUCGUCAUCGCCUGACACGUCCGACGAGACGGCCAUGGCGACAUCGACGGGAACCGCUCCUACAGUGGCGAGUGCUUCUUCCGCUACAGAUCUCAAUAUUAUGAAUAAUACUCCUGCGACCGAUCUAGUGGCGGCUGUCAACAAUGGCACAUCGUCGUCUAGUACUACUACUACGACGACGAAACAGCAUUCGGUAGUGUCCAUCAUGGAAGCGUCGGAACUCUCGGACCGCACCAUGGCGUUGAAAUGCGAGUACGUGGAAAAGAAACAAAAAGACAAUCGAACGUCGUUGGAUAUGCGUCGACUGCCCGUCAAUAUUCUCCUGCAACCGGCUCCGGACGACGCCAGUAUUGGAGGUUCCACUUUGAACAGUCCUCUGGAAGAUUUGCUGUCCAAGAGCAUGACGGCAUCGGCAUCGCUUUUGCACAAGACAUGUCUCAAUUCCCGAUUUGCCUUGCGAACGCAAAUGAUGCUCUCCUUUGGAUCGGUCUCGCUCGUUACCAUUGUCAUUGUCGUACUCGUCAGUAUUCUGGCCACCAAUUUGGCAUCCGAUCAGGUCAUUCAAAUCACCACACAGACGUUCGACGAACAGGCCCAACACAUUGCCGGAACGACCGCACACUACUUGGCAGAUGAUUUGACACCCCGCAUUUGGCCCGACGAUGUCGUACAGAUUGUCUACGAAGCCGUACGGGAUCGAUUUGCCGGAUAUCCCGUGCAUGAGGACGAUUCGCAAGUACCAUUUACCAACGAAGAAGCUCCACAAAAUGGAACCAGUUUUUAUCCCAUUGUCGGACCCCAACUCCCACUCGAUUGGCAAUUUUUCAACGACGACAAUAAUAGUAACAACUCAAGUGGCAAUGUCAACGCCGCCAAUGCCCCGGAACACGUUCAACAUCGAUUCCAAUGGUACAAUCACAGUCCUCGAUUGGACACGUCCAGUGCCGCCUUGUACAUUCAGGGCAUGUGCGACCCAGACGCCACUCCCACGUAUUUGCCCAACCGUUACAUGCCCAAUUGCACCAGCGCCAACAACGAUAUCCAAACGGGUGGAGUCAUUGCGCCGUCACCGACCACGGCACAAAUUCAUCGCAAAGCAUCCGAUCUCAAUCCCUUGCUCAAAUCGUUGCACGAAUAUCAUCAAGAUAUCAAGAAUAUGGGCAUUUACUUUUCCAAUUCGGGAGCCGGUGCUACCGUCAUUUAUCCCCAUUACGAAAUGGACGGACGAUCCACUUAUACGAGUGCGGGUUGCAAUUGGAUGUUGGACAGUCAUCCCAUUGAUCCGAGUAAAACAUUUGCCAGUUUGCAAGAUUUUGAACGCUGCGAAUUGAACGGACUCCAUCGCAACGCGCAAGUCAUUUCCAGUCGUCUCUACAAUCCCAUGGAUCGCAAAUGGUGUACCCAACAGGCAUUGAAUCCGCGCAAGGUGCAUCACGAAGGUCCCUACAAUUCCGCCUGGCACGAUCAAUGGCUCAUGACCAUUGGACGGUCCAUUUACGAUCGGAUUACCAAUGAAUUCAUUGCCUGUAUUGGGAUUGAUUUUACACUCGAUAGUAUUGAACGCAUCAUGCAAGGAGCCCGGGUCACACCCAAUUCUGAAGUGACCAUUGUCCGAUUCAAUCCGGAAGGAACGCUCGUGUCAUCGACGGCGUGGGAUCGACGACAAGCAUUGACGGCGAAUGAGACGGAUAAGGUGGAUACCAUUGAUGAAAUCCAAGUGGGUCUUUCGGCCGAAGGAUAUCAGGAAUUCUAUUCGCUGGUCGAUUACAAAAAACCGUGGGAUCCAGCGGCCGUGACGCAAACCUACGAAAACUUUUCCGUUCAUCACCGCAAUGCGACCACCGCCGAUACGUCGUACCUCGUGUCGGCAUUUCCCAUCCCACCCGUCCCCGAGCAUUACGAUAAAUCGUAUCGGCCCGAAUUCUUGGUCGUGGUGAGUAUGGAUGAAGAAGAAUGGUUUGAACGAUCGGAAAAUUUGCAAGAAUCCGUCGACAAGGAAGUCGUGCAAUUGGAACGGGUCAUUUGCAUUGUUGGAUUUGUAGGUCUCGGUGCAAUGGUGAUUAUCUUGGCCAUGGUGGCGCAUGCCUUGACGGCACCGCUGACGUACAUGAAUCAAGUGGCGGACGAUAUUGUCAACAAUUUUGGAGAUACAGCCGUCCUCAGCAGCAGGGAGAAUAAUAAUGCUAAUACUGCCAAUGAUGGCACGACUCCCGGUACAAACGAAAGCAACCAUGGAGCGGCAACGAAUACGACAAACACAAACACAGCCGCAGCGAUGGUGUCCAACUUGAAGCUGCACUGGUGCACACCACCCAAAACAGAACUCGACGACAUUGUGAAGGAAUUUCUCAAGAUGGUACGCAACUUUAGCGGUUCUGCCAUGGCCAAGAAUGCGCGAGAACGAGCUGCCGAAAUUGACAAUCGAUUCAAUUUGAUGGAAGAAUUCAAACCGCUCUAUCAGAGUCGCAAUACGGACAAGACGUUCCAAAAGUUUCGAUUUCCAAUACGAAAGCUAUCCUUUUCGGAAAAGAUCGAACGCAAGGGAGCACCGCCCUAUCGCGUCAACUUUGGACGGGCAGUCAGUCGAGAUUCCUUGACAAUCUCCGGGAGCACAACGGCCAACACAAGAGAUUCAGAAUUUGCCAGGUCGCUUCGACAGACCAAGGAAAAGAAUGGAAUGCGAUCGCCCCUCUUUUUCUGGAUCGUGGUGCUCAUUGUGACGCCGCUCUUAUUGACGACAAUUACCAUUUCAGGCGUUCUCAUGGCGAACAUUUCACGAAGCUUUCCAGAUUUUGUAAACGAUGCCAAGGAACAAUUCGUGUCAGCAGAGAUAUUUGCACUGCACACUUAUGUGGGCCUGAGAGCCAACUUGACAGCGGCAAUAACGGAACGGGCAACGCGGGAUCUUCAUGUCUUGACGCGAUACACUGGCUGGUCGCUCUUUGGUGGGUUACAACAACAGGAGGGAUUUGCGCAAAUGACAAGUGGGAUCGAAGAAUGCAAGGUUUAUCCUGACAAGGACGAAUGUCCAUAUUUCGAGGGCAGAGUUUGCGAUUGCGCAUGGGGUGAUACCCAGAGACUUCAAUGUGUCAAUAUCACGGAGGAGGACCCGGAUCCUCGCUAUGAGCAAUACACUUUCUUUACUGUCGAAUCUCAUGACAGCGACGCAGAUGGAGAUCGCAUGAGUACCAGCUACCCUAAAGUGUCGAGUUCUGGCGAAACCACUGCAUGGUGGACUCACAUUGAUGAACUGCCAGGGGCCGACAGGGGGCUGAACGAGACUCGUUAUGAAACCACCUAUGAUCGAUUGCAUACGGCGGCAUCCGUGCCCGUGAUAGAGCUCCUCUACAACUACGACUCUGGGUCGAAGAGAUCUGGCAUCGGAUUGUUUAUUGCUUUUGAAGACGACGGAAUUUUCUCUGGGUUUGAGGGAUGCGCUGACCCUGGUCACCCGGGGUAUUCCGAGUGGCAUUCGAAUGUGGGGAAUGGUGCUUACGACUUGCGUCCAGAGCUUUGUCCCUUAGGUAAAUAUGGGUACGAUCCAAGGUGUCGUAACUGGUAUCACAAAGGGAGAGAGGCAGUUGGAGGGAACCGAUCUGCAGUUUAUGCUACCCCUCCUUACCUCUUUGCUGGAUCAAAUAUCUAUGCCCAGAGUGCGGCAUCUCCCCUGUUUGACCCGAAGACUGGCAAGCAUGUUGGAACAACUUUAGUUGAUUACAUUUCGCAGCCCAUUUUGGACUCUUUGGAUGACAGGAAUUUCGCUCUAUCGGGCAAAGGGUUCCCUGUACUGAUCACGAUUGAAGAAGACAACUUCAAAGCUGACACCGUCAUAGGACCCGGGAGGGAUGCUGAGGCAAGGCCAAUUGCUGAGCUAAUCCUUCCAAACGACCCCGAAUGUGGAGGCGAAUCUUGUGAGGACGGCUUUCACAAAAUUCUCAAGGACAUGAAGGCUGGCAACAGCGGCAAUUCCAAAUUCACACGGAUGGCGAGCGAUGGCGCAGAAGAAGCAAUUUACAUUUCGUAUGCUCCAGUGGUUGUCAAGACUUUUUCGGCUGUCGACAGCUCAGAUUACAGUCGAGGGGUCCAGAGAGCGGAUUAUUUGCUGUAUUCGCUGGCCUUCGCAGAGUUUGAAGAUGCCAUGCUCGACCAGUUCGUUGCAAUCGAGGAGGACAUUGAUUCCCAGUUCUAUAUCACUUUGGCGGUUUUGUGCAUCACAAUCAUCCUUUCAACCGCAUUCAUCGUUUAUUUUUCCAAAGUUAUAACAGUCUCAAUGACGGAACCAAUGCUUCACCUGCUGGAACUAAUCAAAACGAUCAACCGCAUGAAAGACGGCGAAGACAGACCAGAACCACCCAUGGACAGAUUGUACGGUUCUUGGGAGGUUUUGAAUGUCACGUGUACAAUGGAAAGGCUCUACAAAGUCAUCCGCAGUGCAAAUGCUGCCUUCUUCGCCGGAGAUGUGGAGACUGCGUAUGAGGUUCUCAAGGACGCACUGAAGCUGUUCAAACGGCUUGGCAACAAAAAGGCAAUUGGUGUCGCAUGCAACAACCUUGGAAAUACCCUUCUUGCAGCCUACAGAACGCUGAAGGCAACGAAGCAGAAGCGCAUUUGUGGCUUCAAGAAGAAGGAGAUCAUUGCAAAGGGGACUGCUUGUUUCCACGAAGCCAUUCAGCAGGGAGAGAAAGCCUAUGAUGACUUCUAUGAGAGAGAGGGUUGGUCUCCCAACUGCCUUGAUUUCAUGCAACAUCUCUCCAAUAGGUACUUCAACCGAGCCAUGUUCCUGUUGACGGUGAAGGCUGACCAUCCCAAGCCAGAUGAGAUACAGGAGCUUGGCAUGAGAGAUCUCCAGAUAUCAAGGGAUAUGGAUGUUGAGAUUGUAGAUGAGGGCACCCAGGUAGGAUGGGAUGUUCGAGGUCCCGACAAGACCUUUGAGGUCAUGCUGUCUCGCUUCAAAGGACACCUUGUGCUUUUGGAGAUGGGAUACUCAGACGAGUUUGAACUGGAGGAAUGGAUGCUGGAGGCAGUAGCCCUUGUCAGAAAAGAACUGAAGAAUCAAGAUACUUCUGUCCUGUUCCAUGAGUUGGGGCCUGCUGGGAGAAUGCAACAAAUUGAACACGAGCUCGUGCAUUAUUUCAUGUUGCAGAAAGAUUACAAAACAGCAGCAAGAAUAGGCAUACGAAUGCUCUACGAAGACGAAUUCACGCUGCCGUCUGCACAGCUUCUAGCCGUCAGAGCUCUGCUUAUGCAUGUGGGAGAAAGAUCAGACGUCAAGGAAGACGUGAAAGACGCCCUUGCUGAAUAUCUUCGACGUGUAGAAAUGGCCGUUCAAGAGAUAGACGUGCAUCGGGCCUCUCAGAUGAUGGAUACAGAUAUGGACAACAUGUCCCGUAUGAGUUUCUCAGCCAAUAUCGAGGAGUCGAGCAGUAAGAACCUUCCCACGGACAUUUCAGGUGACCUUUCGCUCCAGAGGAGGAUUUCUUUGGCACAGAGCGGUCGUGGGGAUAUCACAAUGGAACAGUUUUAG